CGCCGGGCCCGGUGGACUCGCCGUUCCUCCCGCCCAGCGGCCUCCCCGCAGCUCCCGCCCGCCCGCCUGGCCCUCCCCGCCCGGAGGGGACCCCGCGCAGCGCCCCCCGCCCUCGGCCGGCCGGAGAUCCCCGCCGCCGCCUCAGCCUCCCCGCCUUCCCCGCCCUCCGCCGCCGCCCGCGGCCCCGCGCCCGCCCCGCGCCCUCUCCCCGCCCGCCCGCCAUGAGCCCGGCCGACGCCAAGCGCGGGGCCAAGCGCCGGAAGAACAAGCGGGGCGGCGGCGGCGGCUCGGGCGGGGGCAACGGCGGCGCGAGCGGCGGCAAGGCCGGCCCGGCGGCGGCGCUGCGCGGCUCCCAGGCCGCGGGCCUGGCGGCCCCGGGCGGCGCGGCGGCGGCCAACGGGCCCCUCGGCGCGGGCGCGGGCGGCGCCGCCCCCGGAGGCUACUUUGAGACUCCUUUUAAUUUUGGCAUGAAUCAUAGAACACCACCCUACCCCGCUGGGGAUUAUUGUCUUCUGUGCAGAAGCGAGCGGAAAGAUUCUUCAUUCUUAGAGAGUGGAAUUAAGACUGCGAGCAAAUUGGCUCUUUCUAUGGCUCCCAAGGGCAACAGCAUGCUGCACUUGCCACUGUGGGUAUGCCCGGACUGCCGGCGGACUGUGGAGAAGGAGGAGAGGCAUGGUAGCCUCGACCAGCCAGCGAGGCUUCCACUGUUGGCAGAUUCUUGUCUAUUCCCCCAGAGAUGUUCUGUUCUGUUCUGUGUAUUGGAAGGUGAUGAUGACAAACACCACAGUGUCCUGAGUUACAGGCAUCUGUCACAGAGCCAAGACUUUCUUCUUCACUCCCCUCUUGGUGGGUCACAUCCGGAAGCAGGCGGUGGUGGGAGGCUAGCUCUUGGUGCUCAGACACUGCCCUCGGCGGGGCUGGGCGGUGCUGCCCCCACGGACAUGGCUUGUGCCUGCGAGGCCUGCAGCGAGCGCAGGUACCAUGGAGAGACAGACGGGUGCAGAGAGAUUUCAGCAGAGACGGACCGAGAACCUCAGCAGCUGCAGAACUACUGGUCGGAGGUGCGCUACAUGGUCCGCUGUAUUUACCGCCAGGCAGGGACCCCACUGGCAGAUGACCAAGAUCAGUCUCUCGUGCCCGACAAGGAGGGGGUGAAGGAGCUCGUGGAUAGGCUCUGUGAGAGGGACCCCUACCAGCUGUACCAGCGGCUGGAACAACAAGCCAGAGAGUAUGUGCUGGAGAUGAAGGUCCGACUCCUCCGGCAGUUGUCGGCUGCAUCCAAAGUGAAAGCGCCGUCUGCCCUGCAGGGCCCUCCACAGGCGCACCAAUUCAUCUCCCUCCUUCUCGAGGAGUAUGGCGCCCUCUGCCAGGCGGCGCGCACCAUCAGCACCUUCCUUGGCACUCUGGAAAACGAACACUUGAAAAAGUUCCAGGUGACAUGGGAACUCCAUAAUAAACACCUAUUUGAAAAUUUGGUCUUUUCGGAGCCACUUCUCCAGAGCAACUUGCCAGCACUGGUGUCGCAGAUCAGGCUGGGGACCACGACGCACGACACCUGCGAUGAGGACACAUACAGCACCCUGCUGCAGCGGUACCAGCGUUCCGAGGAGGAGCUGCACAGGGUGGCCGAGGAGUGGCUGGAGUGCCAGAAGAGGAUCGACGCCUACGUCGACGAGCAGGUGACAAUGAAAACCAAACAGCGCAUGCUAACAGAAGACUGGGAGCUUUUUAAACAAAGGCGAUUCAUCGAAGAGCAGUUAACUAAUAAGAAAGCAGUCACUGGUGAGAACAACUUCACAGAUGCCAUGAGGCACAUGUUGUCGUCCCGGCUGAGUAUGCCUGACUGCCCCAACUGCAACUACAGGAGAAGAUGUGCUUGCGAUGACUGCAGCCUCUCACACAUCCUUACUUGUGGUAUCAUGGACCCCCCCGUCACUGGCGACAUCCACAUUCACCAGCUACCACUCCAAGUGGAUUCUGCUCCCGACUAUCUCUCUGAGAUGCGCCCACCUAGCGUGUCAUCAGCAAGCUCAGGGUCAGGUUCCAGCUCUCCCAUUACAAUUCAGCAACAUCCCAGACUCAUCCUCACAGACAAUGGCUCUGCACCAACUUUAAGUACAUUUUGUAUGAAUGAGCGAGGUGGCUGUGCAGCUGUCACCAAUUCCCAUUGUAGUUGUAGUGACGAUGAAGACGUUGCACCAUUGUCAGCUAAAUUUGCUGAUAUUUAUCCGUUGAGUAACUAUGAUGAUACCGAGGUGGUGGCCAACAUGAAUGGAAUCCACAGUGAAUUGAAUGGUGGCGGGGAAAACAUGGCUCUGAAAGAUGAGUCCCCUCAGGUAAGCAGUACCAGUAGUAGUUCUUCAGAAGCUGACGAUGAAGAGGCUGACGGCGAGAGUAGUGGGGAGCCACCAGGAGCCCCGAAGGAAGACUCGGCUCUAGGGAAUGGGAGCCCCAGGAAAGAGGAGAGUAAAGUGGACAGUCCACCCCCAUCUUACCCAACUCAGCAGGCUGAACAAGCUCCAAACACUUGUGAAUGUCAUGUUUGUAAACAAGAAGCUUCUGGACUGACAGCAUCAGCAAUGACAGCUGGAGCACUUCCUCCUGGCCAUCAGUUCAUGAGCCCAGAGAAGCCCACCCAUCCUGCUCUGCAUCUCUACCCCCAUAUCCAUGGACAUGUACCUUUGCACGCCGUCCCUCACCUGCCUCGCCCUCUUAUCCACCCCACCUUGUACCCAGCACCCCCCUUCACUCACAGUAAGGCUUUACCACCAGCACCUGUUCAGAAUCACACAAAUAAGCAUCAGGUAUUCAGUGCAUCUCUUCAAGACCAUAUUUAUCCGAGCUGUUUUGGGAAUACUCCAGAGUGGAAUAGUUCUAAAUUUAUAAGUCUUUGGGGAUCAGAAGUGAUGAAUGAUAAGAACUGGAAUCCUGGCACUUUCUUGCCAGAUACAAUUUCUGGGAGUGACGUAUUAGGGCCAGCACUCUCAGAAACAAGACCAGAAGCCCUUCCACCUCCAUCUAGCAGUGAGACACCUGCAGUUUCGGAUAGUAAGGAGAAAAAAAACGCCGCAAAAAAGAAAUGUUUGUACAAUUUCCAAGAUGCUUUUAUGGAAGCAAACAAAGUUGUGAUGGCCACCUCGUCAGCCACCUCCUCCGUGUCCUGCACAGCCACCACGGUGCAAUCAAGCAACAGCCAGUUCAAAGUGUCGUCCAAGAGGCCUCCUUCCAUAGGCGAGGUCUUUCACGGCAUCACCAAGGAGGAUCACAGACACGCAGUGCCAGCCGCCCCAAGGAACAGCCCCACGGGCUUGACGCCACUUCCCGCUCUCGCCCCUGCUGCCCUCUCGCCAGCCUCUGCACCUCACCUUGCAAAUCUUGCAGCCCCAUCCUUCCCCAAAACUGCGACCACAUCUCCCGGGUUUGUGGAUACGCGCAAGAGCUUCUGUCCUGCUCCUGUGGCCCCCCCGCCCCCAACCACAGAUGGCUCCAUUAGCGCGCCUCCUAGCGUCUGCAGUGACCCCGACUGUGAGGGGCACCGCUGUGAGAAUGGCGUCUAUGACCCGCAGCAGGAUGACGGGGACGAGAGUGCAGAUGAGGACAGCUGCUCUGAGCACAGCUCCAGCACCUCCACCUCCACCAACCAGAAGGAGGGCAAGUACUGUGACUGCUGCUACUGUGAGUUCUUCGGGCAUGGCGGGCCUCCAGCUGCACCAACAAGUAGAAAUUAUGCAGAAAUGAGGGAAAAGCUUCGUUUACGGCUGACCAAGAGAAAAGAAGAGCAACCUAAAAAAAUGGAUCAGCUCUCAGAACGGGAGAGUGUAGUUGACCAUCGAAGGGUAGAAGAUUUGCUGCAGUUCAUAAACAGCUCUGAGACCAAACCAGUGAGCAGUACUCGAGCAGCCAAGCGAGCAAGACAUAAGCAGAGAAAGCUGGAGGAGAAAGCUCGCCUUGAAGCAGAGGCCAGGGCCCGAGAGCAUCUGCACCUCCGUGAGGAUCAGAGGCGGCGGGAAGAGGAGGAGGAAGAGGAGGAGCGACUUAAUGAGGAGUUUCAGCGGCUUCAGGAGCUUCAGAAGCUAAGAGCUGUAAAAAAGAAGAAGAAGGAGAGGCCAAGUAAAGACUGUCCCAAGUUGGACAUGCUUGCUAGAAAUUUCCAGGCAUCAACAGAGUCUGUACCUAACUCUGAAAACAUCCACAAUGGCUCACUAGAGCAAACUGAAGAACCAGAAACCUCAUCUUGCUCCCCUUCCAGACAUGUGGACCGCACAGAGCCCAGGCUGGGGCCGGGGGCUGAUGGGGAUGCUGCUGACCCCGUGGACACCAGAGACUCCAAGCUCCUCCUCCCAAAGGAGGUCAAUGGGAAGCAGCAGGAGCCGCUGUCUUUUCUCCUUGACAUAAUGCAUCACCACAAAGAGGCGAAUGGCAAACAGAAGCUAAAGCAUACCAAUAAGGCCAGCAGUGAGCUGGUGAGAAAGCCCAUGGAGCCCCCCAGAGCCUCAGAGGGCCAGCCCAGACCCCGGCCCCAGACUGAGUCAAAGGCUAAAGUGCUUGACUUCACUUCCUUGGCAGAGCAGAAAAGAGAGGAGAGAAAAGUCAACAGUAAUAACAAUAACAAAAAGCAACUGAACCACGUCAAGGAAGAAAAGUCGAACCCAGUCCCCACAGAGCCCGCCUCCCCCAGCGAGCAUCUGCAGAACAGCAAGCUGGUGCUGGCAGACUCUCCUCAGCCCAAGGGCAAGAACAAGAAAAAUAAGAAGAAGAAAGGAGACAGAGUCAACAAUUCAAUUGAUGAUGUCUUUCUGCCUAAAGACAUUGACCUAGACAGUGUGGAUAUGGAUGAGACAGAGAGGGAAGUGGAAUAUUUCAAAAGAUUCUGCUUGGAUUCUGCUAGACAGACCCGACAAAGACUGUCCAUCAACUGGUCCAAUUUUAGCUUGAAAAAAGCCACCUUUGCUGCCCACUGAAUGAGGACCACCUGGAGAGGGAUGCGCGGGAGGUGGGCCAGGCCCCGGAGCUGCCACGCUCGCCCAGGGCUGUGCCGGGUGAGCCGCCGCACCUGAGACCCCCUAGACCGAGAACUUGCUGCUCGACCCGCGUUGUUAGCUCAUGUGCGUGUAGUCUGUGAGUGAGACUUCUUUGAUCGUAGCUCUGUGCUGUCGGAUUGGAACAGUAGCUCCCGCCAGUUCUUCCACCACUGCGGCCUCAGAGGCCUGGGCUGUGACCAGAGAUGCGUUUGCAUCAUCCACAUGGCUCCGUUGCCUCUGCAUCUCGCCUUGUCCUGUCAUCUGUCCCCGCUGGGGCGUCGCUGUCACUCAGCUCUCUGUGCCCUGCAUCCUACCCAAGGCGGGCUGGGCGGGGCAGGCACUCUUCCGUUCUCCUCCACAAUCUACUGUUUAAGAGUGUACACGUUGCGCUGUUUGUGUCUGAUCCCCCUGACUUGUAGCCAGCUUGUGUAAGAUCCCUUGCAGAAUGAGAAAGUUCAAAAACAAAAAUCCCACCCAGUACUCACACCAUCAAGUCUGUUAGAGAGUGUACGACUGUAUUAACACGGAGGCCUGCCUGGCUACUUUUUUAACAUAUUGUUAAGUAAUAUUAAAAUCAUGUCUUUCUUUUUGAAAGAUGGAAUACAUUAGUACAGCAGAA